AUGGCGCAUGAUUCGAUUAGCGAUGAGAACAGACGGGUGCUCGAAUGGAUCGCGCAAUUGAUGAAAACGAACACGCGAGAGUCAGCCUUACUAGAGCUGAGCAAGAAGAGAGAACAGGUUCAUGAGCUCGCUCUGAUACUGUGGCAUUCGUUUGGCGUCAUGGCCUCGUUACUUCAGGAGAUCAUCUCAGUAUAUCCGCUACUGAAUCCGUCGCAGCUCACCGCAGCGGCUUCUAACCGAGUCUGUAAUGCUCUUGCUUUGCUUCAAUGUGUCGCGUCGCACCCAGACACUCGAGGUCUCUUCCUUAGCGCUCACAUUCCCUUGUUCCUGUACCCGUUUCUGAAUACAACAUCUAAAUCCCGGCCUUUCGAAUAUCUCAGACUCACUUCACUCGGGGUCAUUGGUGCCCUUGUGAAGAACGACUCCUCCGAUGUAAUCAACUUUCUCCUUACCACUGAAAUCAUCCCCUUAUGCCUACGGAUAAUGGAGACAGGCUCCGAGCUGAGCAAAACUGUUGCAAUCUUCAUCGUUCAGAAGAUCCUGCUCGAUGAUAUCGGGCUUGCGUACAUCUGUCAGACAUAUGAGAGAUUUUACGCGGUUGGCACAGUGCUUAGCAACAUGGUGAACCAGCUAGUCGAACAACAAACUGUUCGCUUGCUUAAGCAUGUUGUGCGGUGCUUCCUCAGACUUAGUGACAACGCUCGGGCACGUGAAGCUUUACGCCAAUGCCUUCCGGAACCUCUCCGUGAUGCAACAUUCUCCUCCGUCCUCCGCGAUGACGCUGCGACCAAGCGAUGCCUGGCUCAACUUCUCAUCAAUCUUUCAGACAAUGUCGUUGAUCAGUCCAACACCCAAGGUCUGAUGCAUUGA